AUGUCGAUCGAUAGAUUAAAUGAAAAUUUUCAACAAUUUUGUCAAAUUUUUUAUAAUUGGCCAACGCCAACAAUUGAGAAAAGUACCCUUAUUGAAAUGCUUCAAGAAUUUCAAUAUAAAAAUCCUGAACUACAAAAUGUUUAUGAUGAAGCAGCUACAUCAAUCGUAGUUCCUCCUAUUGAUACUUAUUCUCGACUAGAUCCAACAGAUAUUCCUAUUACUAAACCUACAAAUCAUCAAAUAGUAUCCUCAGAUAAUAUACUAGUUAAAGAAGGAGAUUUAACAGUACGAAAAGAUUCUACAAUUUUAUCACCUUUAAUAAAAAAAUCUAAAUUUAAAGUAUUGGUAUAUUGUGAAUUAUCAUAUACAUAUUGUAAGAAUGAAAAACUUAUUUAUUUUACUGUAUAUCAAAAUCGAAAAAGUCGAAAACUUAUUCAUAAAUUUCUUAUUGAUGAUACUUGUUCAUUUGUGAAUGGAAACAAGCGAGAUUUUCAAUUUAAACAUGAUUCAGCCGUUGAAAAUUUUACCACUGAAACAGGUGUUGCUGAUACAUGGAUUACAUCUUUUAAUAGAAUUACAAUUCGAUCAAAUAUUGAUAUUGACGAAGUUUAUGAAAAUCCUGAAGAAUGUGUUUUUCUAUCCAGAUCAUCAUCAUUAGAAUAUUUACAAGAUACACCUAUGCGACCACCACCACGACCUCCUCGACCAAUCGCUAAUCCGAUUUUACCUGAAAAUAUCUAUGUAUGUCUAUAUGAUCAUCAUUCAACAGAAAAUAAUUCUUAUGAACUGGAAUUCAAUUGUGGUGAUCUUUUAUAUAUAAUUAAUACGGAUGGACCCACCUUUUAUGUAGGUCGUCGAUUAAUACUUCCUUACAAUAAUCAUUAUCAAAAUCCAAUAGGACUUGUAUAUAAAGAUUAUAUUAAACCUGCAUAUGAAAAGAUUUGCUAA